CCUUGGUCACGUGAAUUCAAACGCGCGAAUCUGACCGGUCCGACUUUGCGCCUAGCAAGCAGCAGGUAAAUGGAAUUUAUUUAGCAAUCGUUGUCAGUUACUCGGCGUCUUGGUGUGAAGAGUCGUUGUCACAUUUUCAGCAAUACUUUUGCCAAAUUUUCGUGAUCACGAUAAUCAUGAAGGAUUCAUUAAACUUCUUUUUACCCAUCAUGGAGGAAGAUGAUACAAGCGUCAUUUCAAAUAGAAACGAACUCAGAAGUAUAACGAACAUAUCUUCAAAUGGUUAUUACGGUUAUCAGCCGGUUGUGGAAAAACACAUACAGAACGGAAUCAAUUGUGAGCAAAGUAUGGAGGUCCAAAUGUCAGACUCUGAUAUACAAUUCAACAAUUUUAUACCGGUCGAAGAAAAUUGUCAACAACAAAAGGAAACAAUGGAUAAUCGCGACAAAUUGAAAAGAAAGCGCUGCUGGGGCUACGAUUACGAAACGGAAUAUCCCGAAUUUAAAAAGUGGCGCGAAAAUGACAAAUUGUUUAACAAAGAAAAAAGACGGAAUACCGAAAAAAAAUCAGCAACGGAAGGAACGCCACAUAAUGGAUUAUUAGAAGAUUUAUUGAGGGAAAUUCAUGGAUGUAGUUCCUAUCACUGGAUAAGUGAAAAAUUAACAGUAUAGUGGUAUAGGUAGUUUACGUUUUAGUAUAUUCAGUUGAUGAAGUCAUUUAACCCUUCGUCAUCACUAUAUUUAAGUUUUAUAUUAAAGUUUGUAUUUAUCUUUUUUAAUAUUGUAAAUAAACAAUUUUUUAAC